CUCCGAAAUCUCAUUUCGUUGGGUUCGUUGAAGUCGUGCAAACGGUUUAAAGCUCUUCAAAGAUCCGAUCAAAAGAUGAUGCAGAAAAUUGCCAAGUUUUUGAUCAUUUUGGUCGUGCUUACUGCCACUGCAGAAGGCCUAAAAUAUCUGGCCGAGAAACCCGAUUACCUUACACCGUGCAUUGCGGGCGAUCCAAGCCUCAAUAGUUGCCUGUCCAAGAACCUGCAGACUCUGUUCCAUCAGUGGAAGGACGGCAUACCCGGCUACAAUGCAGUGGGGUCCUUGGAUCCUCUGUACAUCAAAAGAGUGAAGUUCUCGCAGGAUUCUAGCCAGGCCAUAGCCAUCAAUGCUGAUCUCCAGAACGUGUACAUGACGGGAGGUAGCCAAGCAGUGGUCAAGGAAGCCAGCUAUGACCCCAAACAUUAUGCGAUGAAGGCUUUGGUCUACGUACCGAAGCUGCGCUUCCAGUUCGACUACAAAGUCAAAGGCCAUGUAAUCGCCCUGAAUCUCAAUGGCCAUGGCAGCGGCUACUUUGAAGCUGAGCAAGCGUUGCUGCAAAUGGAAAUGGCGGGCAGGCCACGAGUCACACCCGAGGGUGCUUUCGCGGAGGUGGACCGUGUGAAGAUCUCCUUCCGUGAUAUCAAGCAAUUCCACAUCCAGCUGAACAAUCUGUUUGGGGGCAACAAGGCCCUAGAGGACAGUGCCCACAUGCUCUUCAACGAGAACUGGCGCGAGUUCUUCGAGGUGCUACGUCCCGCUGCCGAGCAAACUGUCGAAGGCGUUCUCCUCGAUCGCAUGAAGAAGACGUUCGCCUAUGUGCCAGUUAGCUACUUCAUCAAAGACUUCCACUGACGGAAUGCCCAAGAAUAAAUAUAGAAUUAUAAUUAUACGAGUACACAAUAAUAUAAUUCUCACUCUUGAUAAUAAUGUAAUCGCCUGGUAGGACAGGAAAUAGGGGAAAUUAAAUACACAAAAAAACUGCACUUAGCACCGGCUACGUGUUCAAACUAAA